CGAGUAGGUAGAUUAAAAAGAAAAGCAACAACUUGAUCAAGGCACUGAAAACUAGCAGAAAGCAGAAAACACGCUUAAAGGUGACAUCAGGCAUACUUCUCGAUAACCCGAUUCUACCAUCUCCGGUUACAGAUUCUACCAUCUCCGGUUACAGAUUCUACCAUCUCCGGUUACAGAUUCUACCAUCUCCGGUUACAGAUUCUACCAUCUCCGGUUACAGAUUCUACCAUCUCCGGUUACAGAUUCUACCAUCUCCGGUUACAGAUUCUACCAUCUCCGGUUACAGAUUCUACCAUCUCCGGUUACAGAUUCUACCAUCUCCGGUUACAGAUUCUACCAUCUCCGGUUACAGAUUCUACCAUCUCCGGUUACAGAUUCUACCAUCUCCGGUUACAGAUUCUACCAUCUCCGGUUACAGAUUCUACCAUCUCCGGUUACAGAUUCUACCAUCUCCGGUUACAGAUUCUACCAUCUCCGGUUACAGAUUCUACCAUCUCCGGUUACAGAUUCUACCAUCUCCGGUUACAGAUUCUACCAUCUCCGAUCUGCCUCAGCUGUUGAUGACUGACUACAGAGAUGAGUGAUCUGAAGCCACCUAUGUCAACUGUUGGAUUGGUGCUUUUUAUAGCAGCAGGUUUUCUGUUGUUCGUCUUGGCGUUACUUUUGGGAAAACGUCAAAUAAUGCGAUUUAGCCUGCGGUCAUCCAGGAGACCACACAUUUCUAUUGGAUCUGAUGCACCUAAGAAAAUGAGGAAGAGCAUACUGGAAUGCCUGGAUCGUGUGUGUAAAAUAAGACAUGAACCAGUACUGCUAAACGCCAAAGUCCUCCAGACAGCAUCAGCAGUACCAAAUUCCUACUUCUACAGGAUGAAGGCAUUGGAUUCAUUUUCAAAACUUGAUGAGGUUUUGAAGUCUGAGGAGCCGGGGUCAGAGGGUCGACACCCCAAUAAGACAGUGAGACAUUACCUACUGGGUCUAUAUCCUGAUUACCUGGGAUCUUCAUCCACCGACCUUAUACACCAAUUUGCUGAUGCUUAUGAACAUGCACAGCAUGAUCCUACUGAGUUUGGAGAAGCACAGUAUAAACAUUACCAGGGGCUCCUAGACGAACUUAUAACUUGCCUGAGGAACGGUGUGGCGAAGCGACCUGGUGUGGUGUUUGGUAAGGUAAUGGGGAUAGAUACACAGGUGAUCUAUAAACCUGAUAAAGGUGAUACACAAACCCAGACUAUGCCACAGACUAGUCCAGGCACAAAGGACACAAGUCCAGACAAAGACAUGAGUGGCAAACUUGAUAUGCGGCAUCGAACACGGGCAGGAAGUAGCGCUCAGUCGAGCUUCAUGGAUAGUGGUCACUCAAGCCAUCAGAGCACAGCUAGUGCAGAGAGCUUUAUUCCUCAUGCGGAGAGUCCAGAGCGCAUCGUGUUGCUGGACUUCGAUAAGAAGAGUCACUUUGUAUGAAACAUGAUCAUUUUAUUAUUGUACGGGCCUUGUGUAAUGUUAUCACUGAUAUUUUGUUGUGUAAGUGAGAGAGCUCUUGAAUGUGAGUGUAAUGGAGAAUAUAAAGACAACAGGAGUGGGAUGAUCUCAUUAAUAGUGACAUUUUAGAAGUGUCAAAGAAAUUAAGAAAUACUAUGUUGUAUUGUUGAUAUUAUGUAACUUUUAAUGAGAAUUAUGAUUUUAUGAAUGUGAUGUAUUAUUGAUAUUU